UACAAUUUGAAGAGAAAACAAUACAAAUAGAUAGAAUAAUAUAUGGGGAACAUUUCGAGGAAAUAUACGUAUCAUCAACAUUCACGUAUUAUACAAACAACUAUCAAUCGGAAAGUAUCUUGAACUAUUACUUUAUUAUCGCCCAAAGACCCCUUAGACACGCAAUAAUUAAAAGUGCGGCUGUUUAGAGUGACGCGUUUCGUUCAGUGCAAUUUUAAUCGCUAUAGCGAAACUGAACUGCCAGUAUGCCCGGGAAUAUGUCAUUCAAAAACUUCUUAGCACGUAGGGAGAUAAAAGAGCGUGUAAAGGUAAUAGAAAAGAACUUAUCUAAUCUAAUACCAGUAUCACUAAAAAAUCCAACGGGAGUCAAGGCUAAACAAGCUAAGUUCGAAGAUAUAAACAACAAUAAUAACAGUGAAACGUAUUGUGUAUUUAGAACAAGACAAACCAGACUUCUAAAAUGGGUGAUCGCAAGUUACCUUUUCUACAACGAUUUCUUGUCAGCAGAAUGGUCAAAAAAAGAUGAAAAUAAAAAAAUCUGUAUCGAACUUCAGGGAGAAGGAGAAAAGUCUACGGAUAUUAAAUACAAACUCACAAUCUUUUUAACGACUGGGACAAUCCAAGUGCAAGGAAACAACAUCACGUCAUUCAACGAUGACUUUGAUAAUCUUAAAAUGUGUACUGAUACAAUCAAUCCAUCAACUGAUGAAGAAAGUGAUGAUGAUACUAGACUCAUAGACCUUGAUGAUAAUACGGUCAUUGAUAUUGAAGUAGAAGUUGAGGGAGAAAAAAUUGUGGUAGAGGCAAUCAAACAAGCUGACAUUAACAUUAGAGAAAUAAAUGGUGUGGAAACAGUGGACAUGAAGGACAUAACACCAACAGAAACAAUGGACAAAAACGCUACAAAACUCAAAGAGGUUUUUGAUAAUGAAAAUACACCUACAAAACUCAAAGAGGUUACAGCUAUACAGCCACAAAACACAUCAAAUGAAAAGCAAAGUCAAAACAAGUCUACGAAAAUGAUGAAAUUACAAAAUGAAAGUUUAGAAGAGGACAAUCAGGUCACUCGUGAAGAUAUAUCAAAACUGAACAACAAAUUGAACAAACUAGAGACAACAAUAUGUGAUCUUAUGGACAAGAUAAAAGAAAAUAACAACAUCAAUACAUCAGGAAAUGAGAACAAUCUCUGUGAAAACGAGGUGCGAAAAUUAAGAGCAGAAAAGAAAGAAAGGAUAGCCUUUGUUCUAGAACAAGGAAAUAAAAUCAAAACAUUACAAUGUGAAAUUGAACACCAAAGGACACUAUUAAGCUCCAAAAAUAGAGAAAUAGAAGAGCUAAAUGAAACAAUGAGCACUAAAAGUAACAGUAUACUAGAAUCAGAAAGAGAAAUCAAAAGCAUGAAAAAUAAAGUUAAAGACCAAGAAAUGAUAGAAAAAAAGUUAACCUGCAAAAAUGAAGAAAUAGAAGCUCUAACUGAAAAGCUAUCAGAAAAGACAAUGCUGUUAUUGAAAAAGGAAGAUGAGAUUUUUGACCUGACUGUACAAUGUAAAAAGUUGUCAGAUAGUGACACCGCGCCAUUCACUCAAGUUAAAGGGAAGAAACAAAAUACAGAUUCUGGUAAUGGUGAAACUAAACCGAAUGAAAUAUCCAUUGAAAGCAGAAGUUCUGAUACUAAGGGUGAUAGACCCAAGGUUAAGAUUUUGGGUUCAUCUAUCCUAGCCCACGUUGACCCAUCUAGAAUGUAUGGUUUCAACACCACCAUGGAGCAAGCAUAUACAAUCCAGCAAGCUAAAGGCAAAUUGGAGAACAUGAAAGAUAAACCAGACGUCAUAAUUUACCAAGUGUUGAGUAAUGAUGUAAAAUCAGAAUCAGAUGAUAAUAUAAUGGAAUCUAUGGAAGAACUUGUCCAACUUACUGAAACACUGAAAGAAGAUAGUAAAAUUAUAUUAUCCCUACCACCCCCAAGAAAAGAUGAUGCUAAAUGGAACGUACGGCAGAGAGCACUUAAUGCAAGAUUGGAAGCCAGAUAUCAUGAUAAGAGUAAUGUGGUUUGUAGCUCUAAUGAAAAUCUUGGCUACAAUGGUCAUCCAAAUGCGAAAUUCUACCGAGAUGACGUACACAUUAAUAUGCAAGGCACGAAAAUUCUUUGUGCAAAUAUAUUGAAUACUUUAAGAAAUAUGUUUGGUCUUCCCCACCCCAGGCGUAACAGCAAUGAUAGGCCAAACAAUUGGCCAAACCGAUAUGAUCAACCAAGAUUCAAUGGUCGUCCAACUAACUAUGAACAAACAAGAUCUAGGAAUAACUCCUUUAGGUCCAGAAAAUAUUAA